AUGGCAACCAUCGAAGACCUCAGACAGAAGCCAGGCUCCCUCUUCAACCCAGAAGACAAUACCUCACCCCUUCUACUAACCAACACGCACUUACUCCCCAAGAAGAUCCCCAACUCCAAGGAACGAAGCUUAACAUCUGCAAGAGCUCCUCAACUGGUCUCACUUCGCCAAGCCUAUAGUAACCCCUGGGGUGUCAACAUUCCACCGCUUCGCCAAGCUGCUCUUCAAUCCUCCUCGCCAUCUCCUUCCCCGCCAUCUUCAUCGCCAUCCUCAUCAUUCUCUUCCGCCUUCAAGCUCAGUCACUUCAAAUCUCUUUCUCGUCUGUCCGUCUCAAGCUUAGAUAACCCAGCUCAUCAAGAACGUCAAGAACAGAGCCAUCUGGCAUCUGGUCCAGAAUUAAUCAAAAUCCCCGAACAAUCCCUCCCUUCCUCAACUACGAAUUCUGAAAUUGACCGCAAGAAUGAUAAUCUCAAGAAUCUACUCAUGGCGAAUAUCCACAGGUCUUCUCGUGAUUCCCCCGCUGCCCUCAAUCAAUCCCCUGAUCUUAAUUUCAAGUACCCAACGUCACCCAGCCCAGCCAAAUCCAUCACCACCCAAUCCAUUGCUCACAUGACUUCACUCGUCAAUCCAAUCUCGUCUCAGUCAAUCAUAUCAGCAGACUUGCUGCCCUCUCUCCAUAAAGUCCAGUCGACACCGAGGUCGAUUUGCUCGCCGUUCUCUUUGGUUGGUUCACCUCAACUGGCCUCAGAACCCUCAUUAUCUCCUCAUUCUAGUCAGAGUCAACUUCCAGUCUCCGACAAGUCGCCCACUCCGCCCUCUUCGCCUCCCACCACGCGCUCGUCCCCAUCGAACUGCCAGACCUGUCGCUUCCCGCUCUCACGCGCCUCCUCGGAAUCUUCAUUCCUCCUCGGCCUAUCCUACCGCUCUCCGCUGUUCGAUGACUUCGAUGAAGAGGGUCUUCCGGGCCAUCCGCAUGAGUCCUCCUCCAACCACGAGCCUCCGUUUGCCGAUGAACGCGAUCAAGUCAGCCGUCAACCCAGCUUUUGCUCUUCCAGCCCAGACUCCUCUCAUCCCCUCAACACCUGGUGGUCCGACCUCCCACCCCAUCGACGUGCACACAUCAUCGAGGCCGAGUCCUGGCCGAUCUUUACCCCCAGCGCUCCCGUGCCUAUCCUUGGUAGCCCCAUGAGUGGUCACUGCGCUUGUUCAUCCGACCUUUCAACCUCCGACGAUAACCUGAGAGACCCCUCCAAACACUCUCAAGACUCUUCUCAUCCUAGCUCGACUCCUUCCAGUGGCUCCCGUCCUUCACUGUCGACCAACCUCAAUUUGCUGAUUCCUACACCGCUUGAACAGGACGAGACGGACCCUUUGCUCUCAGCUCAUCCUCCCAAACUCGACUCCUUUCCUUCCUCCACCAGCAUCGAAACCACUACCCCCGGAAAUGAGGCUUGUGAGACCGAAUCUAGCUCUCAGCCGACGCGCAAGAAAAAACGUCGCGGCGAGGAAUCCGCGCCGAAAUCCUCGGAAAGCUUGUUGACGAAAUCCUUGAGAAGAUUGAGUCGGAAGUUGCCGAACAUUCAAUGGGGAAACCUGAGUGUUCGAAUGCACACCAACGAAGGGGCCAAGGUGGGCGAUCAUGAGAUUGACGAGGAAGGAGGACCCGGCGAAGAGGAGAACGUGCUCCCGUCGGGCGUCGUCGACGAUCAGGACUCCUCCGUCAUCCUCGCUGGCGAUGAAGAACAGGCUCAGAUCUCUCGCCUCGUUAAGUCUUGGACUUCGGAUAAUAUCCAGCCUCAGAACUCGCUCAAUGGAAGCUUUAUCGUCGACCCUGAAAUGGAAUGGUCUUCCAUGAUGGUUCAAUUGGAAACCUUCUCGCCUAACUCGAACAAGAAGCCGCACAAGCUACGAACACAAACCGAACGGACGCUGCCGCGGAACAUGCGUGGGGAGCAACAACACUCGCGACGAAGCGACUCGACGUCGAUGGGUGGUCGAAAUAUGGGCGGGGAGCGUCGGCGCAGUGUGGAUGGAGAGGAUGAGUCUUUGGCUCCCUCGGGCCAAGACCCUCAACCGACGAAACGCUCGCAGAGUCGGAAACGACUCUCCCGCAACCAAGCCCUCAAACAACAACAUCAUUCUCCGAAUCAUCAUCACCAAGACCGAAGGGGCCAGCAGGAACGCAAACUCUCCGUCAAAAUCACCCGCAGAGUCGUCUCUAAUCCGCUCCAUUUACUCCAGCUCUCCCUCGAACUCGAAAUGAUGCGCAAGUUCAAAAUCAAGUCGCCGCUUAAACAACGCUCCAUGAAACUCAUCCUCACUAAACUUCCCCCCUCCUCUUCCUCCUCCUCCUCGUCGGCCAUCGGUAAUCAUAUUGAGUUCGAGUAUGUUCGUAGUCCACUCAGGUUCGAAAUUUGACCCCCGCGCUGCUCUCCUCGGCUGUCCGGUCUCUUCUGAUCCUUUACCCUCUUUUUCGUUUUUUUCCCGAUGUACUUCAUUGUUGUACCAUCUUACAACACUCGAC